UCCCCCCACUUCUCCCCCCCACCACCCCGACACGGCAAUAGCAGCAGCUGCUGCUGCUGCUGUCUGAGCGGCUGGUCCGGCGUCCUCUCUCAGCCGCCCGCCAUGGCCCGCGCGGGGGCCUCCUCCUCCUCCCCACCACCACUGCCUUCCUUGCCCCUGACUAGGGAGACGGCGGAGGAGGAGGAGGGGAAAGAAGACGAGGAGGAGGAGGAGGAAGAGCCCCCGCCCCGAGCCCUGGUGCCCCGCUCUUCCCCGGUGCCCAGGCCCCAGCACCCCACCGCCCCCGGGGGCAGCAGCUCAUCCUCAGACGAGGAAGAGGAGCAGCAGCACCACCACCCCCCUUGCUUGGCGAGGCCACUCACCCAGCAUCCUCCUGGCUUACCUAAGCCACUUUCCCAGCAUGCAGUGCAGGAUGGUCAAGGGCUGCCCUCCCAGCAUGCUCAAGGGCAGCCAGAGCGGUUUUCCCAGCAUGCCACCACCGCUGCCACCGCCACGGAGGAGCCUCCCCAGCACGCCGCAGGCAGGCAUGUGUUAUUUGCUGACGCCUUGGGCCUGCCCUUGGCUCGCUGGAGGCGCUACCAGCCUUGGCCACCACCCUCACCCGAGUCCCCCCCUGAGGUGGUUCCCCGCUUGGCCACUCUGCCACCCUCUGCACCCUUCCCCUACCUGAUGCCAGCAUUCGUGUUACCCCCAAUGGGGCAAGGUGAGAGCGAGAAGCUCCAGCGCCUGCGCCAGGCCAAGGUGGAGCUGGAAGAGGUGUUGCCGCCAGAGCCAGGUGAGCCACGGGUGCUGCGUGGCACUGUGCGUGUGCUCAACAUCUCCUACCACAAAGCGGUGCAUGUGCGGGCCAGCCGAGACCGGUGGCAGAGUCACCGGGACUACCCUGCCCUCUACAUCCCAGGGGGUUCGCCAGAUGGGGGCCUGACUGACCGCUUUGCUUUCCGCCUGGACUUCGGAGACGAGGACGAGGAAGAUGAGGAGGAAGAAGGAGCCCGGUUGGAUUUUGUGGUGCGGUACCAGACCGAUGAAGGUGUCUACUGGGCCAACAACCUAGGCAGGAAUUAUAGCGUGGUACUGAAGGGGGCGGCACCUUCCCAAGGUUUAUCCAAGAGGCCUUGCAAAGAAGGCGAAUCACGCAGGCUCAAGAGCUGUAUGAGGCCAAUCAAAAUCAGGUCAGGUGAAAAUGAGCUGCGAGUAGAGGACAUCGCUCAGCCUGCCUGGACUGAAGAAGGGAAUACUGAAAGGGAUCUGGCUAGCGAAUCUCCCACCCUACCUUCACUGCAGCCCCAACUUCCUAUGACACAGAUUCCAGAGCUCACAAUCACCACCAACUCCCCAGAAAAGAAGGAGUCUUCGAAAGACCGUCUUGUGGAUUUCAUUGACUCCCCACAAGCACUCACUUUCAAGGUCCACCCUACAUCCUACGAGGAGCUGAAAGUGCCAUGGGGCUUGGUGCUGGGAACUGACACCCAUCCCUUGGGACAGUUGGAUGUACCCGAGUUCAACAGGUGCGACCUCACUACAGAGGGAUCCUUUAUGGAGGAGUGCAUGGAGGAGCAGCUGAGAAAGUACCAAGAGAUACCCUACCGCUUGGAGGAAGAUGCCAUAGACCGGGAGCUGGAGCAGCUUUAUCUGUCACACUUGAGCCGUCUCCGAGCAGAAGAGCUUGGAGGAAGAAAAGGGGAGUGGGCCGAAGAGGGCUCCAGCAAUCCCAGCAGCCCUGCGCCAUCUCUCAUUGCCUUACGGCAGAGUGUCUUGACUGACCGUGACCUUAUAGUCAACUGGACAGGCCCUGAGAGAGCACUGAACAGCUCCCUGGCAGAGGAGAUCACGCUUCACUAUGCCAAGCAGCGGGGCGAUGACUCCAGAGACAGUGAGGAGGAGGGAUUCACACCAGGGUAUGCCACCCUGGCACCGCCUGAACUGGUGGGAGCGGGCCGUGACAGCCCACCAGUUUUGCUAGAAGGCUGCUUUCUAAACCACUUGGAAGAGGGAAGUGCCCAGCAGAGCCCGACUAAGGAUCCUGACUCCUUUGUCAACUUGAGAGUGAUGUCAACCAACACAUUACGGCCUACUGCUCAGGAGGCCAUGGUGAUGCCCUUGGUAGUCCCAGCACGGACACUAGUCCCCCUACCAAAGUGGCCCACAGAUCUGCCAUCCAGCCCUCUAGGUGCCCAAGGACAGAGCAAGAGCCAGGGCUUCUUGAUAGGGCAAGGCAGCCUCUGGCUGGGCGAGGGGCUUCAUGUCCACAAGCCACCCAAAACCAAUCCCAGCUCUCACAGUGAACUUGAAAAGAUCUUGACACGCUCCCUGCGGUUUCUCAGCCUCUUCGUCUUCCUGCCUGUAGUCUUCAGCAGCUGCAUGCCCCUGGUGGCUGUUACGCUUUACCUUCUCCUGGAUUGGUUCUCAUAGUUUGGCAUAUCUCCUUGAGGUAUCAAAGGGUCCAUGAGGGGAUCUUCUGUGGCUUGGCUCCAUCGCUGUUUCUUCUGAACACAAUGGUUGAGAGAGAGAGAGAAUUCAAGUCAAACCCUUUUGAGAGAUCAUGACAUGUCUACUCAAAAUUUUCCAAAGUUCAGUGCACUUUUCUUAUAUUUUUGUGAAAUCAUCUGAUGAUAAAGGUGGGUUUUGAGGGGGCAAAUGCAUUAUUUAUGACCAUCCAUAAGAAAAUGAUCACAGCUGGCUCCAAAAGACAGCAAGGUUGGUCAAGGUUCAUGAUGCCCAGUUAGUAGCAAAAGGCCCACCACUGCCCCAGGAAUACCACUAUUCUUCACUUGACACAAAGCCUCAAGAAUGUCAGAGGCAGUCUGAGGGAAUUCUCAGUUUACCUGCCCUGUCAAUUCCAGAUUAAGGGGACUCACUGAGAAUGCCUUGGCUGAGAUCUCCCCCUCCAAUCCUGGAAAUCACUCUGUGACAUUUCCCCAAUUUUUUUCUCGUAUAGGUUUGUAGGAGGCAUCUAUGAUAGAAAGAACUGCAUUUUGCUUCCUUAAAAAUGAAAAAUUUCCCUUAUGAGAUUUGGCAGACUUUUAAAUCUGAUUUAUUUAGCCUUCCUCAUUCUGGUGUUUUGCAUUCAAAGGCCGAAAUCCUAAGCAUACUCACCUGAGUCCUAGUAACUAAUCUCUGAGUAAAAAGCUUUAGAUCUGAGGUGAAAAGUUACUUAAAAUUCCACAUUCUUUUAUUCUUUUUUUUUAAAGGGAUAAAAUAUAUAAAUGUAUCUAUAUACUUAAAAUAUGCUCCAUGAGCAGGGUUUGACCUGUUGCUUGUUUUGCGAAGAAGCAAAUAUAUAUAUAUAUAUAUAUAUAUAUAUAUAUAUAUAUAUAUAUAUAUAUAUAUAUAUGGAUAAGACUAAGCUCCUUGAAAAUGCUAACCAAUAAAUCAAACAUUCACAAUUUUAAAAACUCACUAAUUUACAAUAGCAAUGUAAUUUUUUUUAAAGAGGACUUUAAAAAAAAAGUCAAAAUAGUUUUACAAAUCUCUGUGUACAGUGUUCCCAUUCUGUAUAUAAUAUAAUGCAGAGCUUGGCAACUGAAUUCCUGGGUGAGCUGGAUCUUGGGGGAGCCAUUGACUAAUAACCCAGGAGAUUCUACCCUACAGAUAAAGGAGAUUGGUGAAGGGAGCAGAAAUGGUUAAUUCAGUUUCUAUUCUGCCCCUUCUUCAGGGCUAGGGACAAGUAACAAUGGUUAUAAAUAAAACAGAACACAUAUUUUUAAAAAUAACCCAAUUGAACUCAAGUUGCCCCUUGCCUGCUUAAACCUGAUCACAGAGGGACUUUUUACAAUAGGGUUUAACAAACCAGUCUACAUGGCAGCCAGUAUAUGAGCUACCAUUUUCUUUAGUGCUUUGUGUGAAAACAGACAAAUUUACAACUCCCUCCCCCUUCUCCAAAAGCCAAUAAUAAUUUUUAAUUGUUGGGAGCCAGAAGGUUGUUGACAUAUAUUUUUAAAAGUGGACUGUGUCCACUAGGACACAGUCCAGUGGGAUGUUCUCCUUCGCAAGCCCUACUGAAAUGAAUGGGAGCCGUUCAAGAAUAUGGUAAUACUUUUGCACAGUUCCCAUUCAUUUUAGUGCGGCUUGUGCAGAAGAAUUUCCCACUGAAUUGUGCCCUCGAUUCCCAUAAUUUCACGUUGUUUUUCCAAAAUAUGCAAACAGAAAGAUGCUUUUCAUUCCAAAUAGGGUGGUGACAUUUUCAGUGUCCAUCAAAUGCUUGCAAAAUUCAGCUGCUGCCAUUCCAGAUGGUCUCCGAAUUCCAUUCAUGCCACAAGCCUGAGCCACAUCCCAGCUUCUUAGUGAGAACCUUCAAACUACUGACUCCAUCUCCGCUUUAAGGAGCCCUUUCUGCUCACAGAUCCACCUGUAUUUCUCUGCCACCAGCAGGGUCCACCAUAGAGGACCAUAGGAAAGCUCCCUAAAACAGAUGGCCCUGUAUUUAUUUUUGUACCUGGUGGGAAAGUUUGACCUUUUCUACCAUAGAACUCACCCCAAGAUAGAGAAAUUUUAUUUAUUAACCACUAGUAGCGCAAAACCAGACUGGCGGGUUUGCAGAAGAUAAAAAAUAAUUUAUUAUUCUGUAUCUCUGUAUGUGUCUGCGGCAAAACAGUAGAUUGGAAACAUCCUGUCUUCAUGUGCAAUAGGCUGAAUUGGCAUUGAACCCGCCAUGGAAAGACAACCCAACCACCAUGCUGCUCAACAUGCUUCGUUACUUCCUCUUGAAUGUUGUGCUGUCAACAGCUGCUGUGAUAUAGUUUGUGAGGCCUUGUGGAGGAAGAGGGAGGUGUUUGUGUGGGUUCCAAGGUCAGUUCCCUCUGCUGAUCCAAACUUGGCCCUGCUUCACCUAUCCAAAGGUGAAUGCUCUUAUCUAGGGAAUGUAGGUGUUUUCAGAAGGUGGAAUGUUGUAUGUGCUUCUUUAAUGGAGAUCAACCCUGAUCUCAUAGUCAAUGAAAAACUCUGUAUACACCAACUGGGAACUGAGAUCAGAAUGUAACUAGCAGUCACAGCUCGGGGUGUGUGUGUGUUUGUGUACGUACGUGUAUGUGUGUGUACGAGUGUGCUCGUACAUUUGUUGAUUUGUCCAUUGGUUAUGGCCUUCUUUUCUCCACUGUUUUCUCUUCUGCCUUAGUUAACCUGUCUAAUCCCCCUAUCAUUGACCUAUGCUUGUGCAAAUAUGUCUGGAGACUGUUCCACCUCGCAGCAGAAUUGAAAAUCUUUCGACCCAUCCACCUGGCUGCACGAGGUCUGUUCCAUACAUCUGCAGAGGCAUUCUAUGAAACCAGAGACAUCCUUGCCACAAGACCUGGUGAGGGGGCUGCUUCAGUCAGCAGAUUUGGAUCACUAUUAAAGGCUGUGGUGUAGGUGGCAGACAGAUCUAGCACUUGAAGCAGAAUCCACCAGGACAUUUUCCUACACAAAUCACACUGAAAUGACAAGGAAUUUCACAAAAGCAGCCCUGUGCUCUGCUACUGCUCCUGUUCAUGUCAAUGCUGCUCAUGCAAAAGAACUUCCCAGUGGAUUGUGCCCUGUAUUAAUUAGUAGAAGGGGAGAGAUGCCAUUGGGAUUGUUCUGCACCAGCUACCAAAAUGUAUGGGACCAUACCUUGGUGGAAACCAAACUAGUUACAUUGCACAGAGUGCGGUACGUUUUGGGUUUUGAUGGUUCUCAGGCUUAGUUCUCACUGAGGUAGUCAACCUGAGCCUGGGGUGGACCACUUCAGACUGCAAGUGACAGAUCACACUGUGUGAAGAGAGAGAUACUAGUGCUACUAGAUACAGGGGGUGUCCUGGGUUUGAAUCUCUGCUCGCCAUGAAGGGUGAUCUUGGUUUGUCACAGCUAAGCCUUGCCAAAAUACUGAGUUUUACUUUUUUGUAUGGAUGAACAUUCAGUUGUGUGAGCCUUUCACCUGCAGUCUGAGGUGGUAUAGCCAAAACACAGGAUUACCACAUCAGUGAAAACUAGAUCUCAGUGCAUGAACAAAAAACCCCAUGUAGAAUCACUUGAACCAGCAUUCAUGCACAGAGCUUUUGUCCCAAUGUGUUCCUGUUACAUCCUCUGUACUAUCUAUCCCUUCAUUAAUAAUGUCUUCAUUUUACAAAAGUCAGCCAUUUGCCUUCUCCUAACAGGAAUAAUCAUAAACAACCCAGUAGGAACUGUAUAGCGUUUGGAUAUUAAACAUUACUAUGAACGUCAUGUCUGGGUUCAUCAAAGAAAGAUCUGUUGUCACGUGCAGCCUAAGCCAGGCUAUGGAAGCCCAGCCUGGGUUAGGCUGCACGUGAAAACCACCAGGAUCGGGCGUGAUCCUGGCGGGGCAGUGCUACCUAGCUCGGCUUUUUAGCCCGGCUGUUAGCCUGGGUUAACUGUGCCAAAACACUGUUAGCCCAGGCUCCAGGAUCGCAUGUCUCCUUGGGCUUCAUUUAGCCCAUAGAGACACAGAGACAGGCACCUAGAGCACCCGUCUCCUGAGGGAAUCCCCCAAUGCACCACGCUCAGCACACAGUGCAUUGUGGGAUACCCGGAGGCUGGGAUGUGUCAUCCCAGCCUCCAAAGCUCCACGCUGCCUAAUACAGCAGAGGAUCAUCUGGGAGCAUGGUUCACCCUCCCAGCAAUAAUACAUGGAUCAUCGGGGGGGGGGGAGGUAAGCUUUGAGAAACCUUCCCCCCACCCGCCUGGCCAUAUGAAUGCCCCCAAAGCCUGAAUGUAAUGUGUGUACAAUGUUAGCCUGUUAUUAUUGACACUCUUGACUGUAACGUGUGAACAGCUUACAGAUUGUAUUAAUAUAUUUUGGGCCCUGAAAUGGAUAACAUAGAAUCAACAAUUAUAGGCAGUCCUCAACUUAAGAUGCUCCAAGUAAAGACAAAUAGAACUUAAGACAUUGGUAAAAACACCACCUCAUUUUAACUUUACAACACUCGCUUUGGGAGAGGAGGUGCCGCUAGAUGGCUAAAGGAGGAGGAGGAGGCGACAAUGGUGGCUCAGGCUCACAUUGUCAUUGAGACUGGCAGUUCUGCUGGUAGUUGUUGCUGCAUCUGAGGCUGUGGAGGGAUUGGCUGACUCACCUGUCCAAGAGCCCCCCUCCCUGCUGCUGCUGCUGCCGCAGCUGUUUUCAUACCUCCUCCUCCUCCAGGCUCAGCUGCUGUUAUGUGAUGGUGAGAGGGAAAGAGCCUGACCGACUCCCAGCCCAUACGCCAUGUUCCUGCCCACCAUCCUUCAUGCCCUGCCCCAACGAUUUUCCAGGAGGAGAAGGCAAACUGCUCAGCUGCCUCCCUUCUGCCCCCAGAAAAGUGAGAAAGAACCAGGAAGGAAAGGGAGGGGCUGGCAAGGGUGAGCAACUUCUGGUCCUCCAACAUCAACUUAUCUGCUGCAUGUCUGUGACUGAUACAUCACCUGCUUUGACAGCAGCAGAAAUAUAUAUAACAUAUAUAAUAUAUUGACAUAUAUAAUAUAUCCAGCAGGAACCAAGCCUCCAAGUAUAAUAUUGUUUCCUAUGGGAAAAUAGGUUCCCAGUUAAGACAUUUCAACUUAAUACAGUUUUGAUUUCAGGAACUGUAAUGAUUGCAAAAGGUAAACUGCUUCCUUCAGAGUGCUCAGGGCAACAGUCAUGUCAUUCCAUUUCAUUCUCACAACCACCCUGAGCGGGUGACUUGCCCAAAAUCACCCCAGUAAGCAGGGAUGAACUUGGGCCUUCCCUGAGCAAAUCUGACAUCUACAACACAACACGAUGAACCUUAGUUUCCUUUGCUCCAGGAAAGAAUGUCUUUCCAUCACUUGACCAUACCUCACUUGCUCAUCUUAGCAAAUUCUUUAAGACUCUCCAACAUUACAAUAUGGAAGGUUUCUUCAACCUUGACUUUCUGAGCUUCAGAAUUGUGAUCACUUGCCCAAGUUGUUAUCCUCGGAGACUUCUAAGAAAACCCUAUCAGCUAUCCUCACCCACAUGAUGGUGAGCCAAUGCUUCAUGGUCACCCAGGUGGCACGUCUUGAGAGAGCUGGUAUAGUGUGGUAGAGAAGAGUGUAAGAGAGGGAAUCCCUGGUUCAAAGCUCAUUUCAUCCAUCAACUCACUAGAUGGCCAUCACCUCACCUCACCUCUCUAUCCCACCAUCUGCAAUAUGGGGACAGUACUAUUGGCCUAACUUUAAAACCAGCACAGUGUAGUGGUUAGAGUAUCAGACUAGGACUUGGGUUCAAAUCCCCACUCAGCUAUGAAAACUCACUGGGUAACUGGCCCAGUCCAGCUCAGACUCGUAAAGAUAAAAUGUUGGAUGGGUAUGAAUGAUGCUCUGAGUUCCUUGGAAGAAGGGUGUGAUUAAAAUUUAAUGAAUAUCUUAUAGUAUUGUUGGAAGGGUUACUGAUAUGUAUAAAGCACCUUGAGCACAUGGGGAAAACACCAAGGCUGUGAUCCAACCAAAGUUAGUUGCCUUUCAGGUCCAUUCAGAUCAAUGAGACUCUAUGGCCAUGUUCUUACGAUCAGUUCAGAUUCCGAGCCAUGAGCACUCCCCAAAACCACACAUGUGGCAGAGGAAAUCCUGGUUGGAGGACUGAGAAGUGAUUGUGUGCAAGGUGUGGUGGUAGUCGGACACAGUGCUGAGCCAAUAUGGGCCGUCUUAGAUCUGACAUAUGAUGGCUCAUUGUGGUGCCCAACUACCUUGCACACUAUCACUUUCUGAUCCUCCAACUGAGAUUUCUACUGCCGCACACAUGGUUUUCAGGAGUACACAAGGCUCUGAAUCUUGGCUGGCUGCUCAUCAGACUAACUUUCUUGAUUGUAAGAAUGUGGCCUAUGGUUUCAACAGGGCUUCAGCAUGACUAACUUUAGUUUAGGUGAUGUAAUUAAGAUGAUGUAGUAGCUAAGAGGGUGUGUCCAGCUCAAAUCUCACCUUAGCUUAGGUGACCGUAGAGAAGCCACAAUCUCUCGGCACUCCAUCCCCUUGCAAUGUGGAGAUCGUAAUGCUGGCUUUGCGAGUCUUACUAGGAUAGUGUGUGGAUAAUGCAGGAUGUUGUAUAUUAUAGAACCGCCCAGAGACGUAAGUUUUGGGUGGUACAGAAAUAUGAUAAAAUAAAAUUAUCCUAGUAAUAGGAAAAUAAUUUGCACAUUCUAAAGCAAUAUAUACAAAUACUGACUGACAUCCUAAUGGUGUUCUUGUGCUGUGAACUGUGCAAAGUUGUGGUGCUCCAUAAUGUUGCACAGCUGCUAUUACAAGACCUCCAGGAAUCAGGAUGUAUACAAGGUUGCACUAUUUUAUUUUAUUUUAUUUUAUUUGUACACCACCCCAAACUCAUCUCUGGGCAGCUUACAUCAACAUAAAACAAAUCAAAACCUUAAAAUAGUUUUAAACCACAUCUAGUUAAAAGCUUGAGUGAAUAGAUGUGUCCUUAGAGACUUUUUUAAAGUUGUCAGAGAUGGGGAGGCUCUCAUUUCAGCAGGGAGUGCAUUCUAGAGUCUUGGGGUGGCAACAGAGAAGGCCUGUCCCUGUGUAGCCACCAGGUGAGCUGGUGGCAACUGCAGACGAACCUCUCCAGAUAAUCUCAAUGGAUGAGUGAAGAAGACGUUCUCUUAAACGAAUGUUGCAAUAACGUGUACAACUAUAAGGCUGUGCAACUGUCAUUGCUCUAUAGUGUUGUGUAACUUGUCAGCAUCUUCUGCUAGUGCAAGGACUAGUUUUGAACAUAGGUUCCUUUAUUUGCAUAAAAUUCUUGCAUUGCAUCCUUAAGGUAGCACAACAGCAUUAUACUAGCACAACACUAGUCUGGAAUGCAAGCUCCAGACACAGCAGAAUUCACCUGUGCACUAUCCUCCUGCAAGUACAACGCUAGUCAGGAUGUUGGCCACCAAGUGUUAUUAUUUGAACUAUAUCUGUGGUAAACAGCCCAGAGACGUGAAUUUGAGGCACUAUACAAAUAUACCAGAUAAGUGAUCCUAGCUCCAAGGUGACUUAAAAAAUUUUUCCCCCAAAGCUGAACGGACUAAAAAUCUCACAAUUGGAAUGUAUUUGUCUGACUUCUGGAUUGUUGAGAUUUUAGAAAGUCUCAUGGUACGUAGCUGUUCUUUCUUACCAGUAGUCUGAUCUGUUAUGGUUAGGGGGUUAUUUAUUCCUUCAAUUAUGUGGCUGAUUUUCUAGUCUGAUCUAAUUUCUUCCUCUGGUAUGGCAAACCAUCCAUAUGCAUCAAUCUGCAACAAACACAAAUUGCCUGUUUAGUAAGCAAAAAACAGUGCAAAGAGUUUCACAUGCCAUGUGUAAGCCAGCAAUUGGUGCUUGUGGUGGCUUUGUCCACAGGACUGAUGUCCAUGCAGUGGGGAAAGGUGUCACAUUAAUUAAGCUCCAGGAGUGGUCCUAUGAACUAGACCUCAUACUCGGGCACUUACAGUGCCUUGAGCAUGCAGGAUAAGAUUAAUCACAACUCAGGAGAACUAGCACAGGUAUAGUGUGUCUGUAGCAUACCCACACUGAAACUGUUCCCCUCCCCCAAGCCUAGCAUCCUCUCACUUUUGGGAUUACUCUGUAGUUUGCAACUGGAUUUCCCUCCAGCCUGGAAGCCUUACUUAGAGAUAAUGUUCUUCAACAGAGAACUAUUUUCUGUGGGAGCAGAUAUGUAUAGGAUAGAAAACAGAGGAUGGCUGGGAAUCUCUUUUUCUGUUGUGUACCCACUGACCUUUGACACUAGCUGUGGGGCUAGUGGGUACAUGUGAUUUCAGAGUGUGUGUGCGUGUGUGUGUGUGUGUGUGUGUGUGUGUGUGUGUGUGUGUGUGUACAUCAUCUGAGCUGUGCCUGCAUUGGAAGCACUAAUAAAAAAACAUCCUGGCCACA